UACCCUUUAAACUUUCUUCCUCCUCUCGAACCAGUAGCCAGUCUCCCAUCCCUCUCAAAACCCUCUCACCUCCCCCGGAAACUGUAACCCCUCUCACCUCCAUCUUCAUGCUAACUCACCUUCAUUUUCACAAAAUCCUCCUUUCCUCUCAGAGCUUCACUCGGACUAUUUCAUCUAGUUCUUCAUCCUUUUAACUCUUUCUCUCCAUCUUCAUUUACCUCCUCAAACCCCUGCUACACUUAGCUGCCAUACACCACAAUGCGCUCUUCUGCUUCCAGUCGCCAAACCUACAUAUCUCGCUCUCCAGCUUUCUCUCUUUCUCUCGUUCGUGGGAAGCACUAGUUCUUCUCAGCCAAAUCGCAGAACUGAAGUCUAGAUUAUCUCGCCGGCAACGAAUUUUUCCGUCCCCUACCAAAAGUACACGGUGCUGCAAUCCUUCCCCGUGCUUCUUUCGGCAGUGUGUAAUGGCGAAUGAACAAGACAUGAGUAGCUGGACCGAUCUGCUCCACUCCUCAUCGAAGCUUCUUGAACAAGCUGCUCCUUCGGCUCAGUUUCCUCCUCUUCAGAGGAACCUAGAUCAGUUAGAAGCAUUAUCAAAGAAACUCAAGGCAAAAACGUUAAGAGCAGAAGCUCCUUCCCAGUCUAUUGCAGCCACAAGGCUACUUGCAAGGGAGGGAAUAAAUGCCGAGCAACUUGCGCGUGAUCUAAAAUCCUUUGAGUUGAAGACAACGUUCGAGGAUGUCUUCCCUGCUGAGGCAACUAGCGUUGAAGAGUAUCUGCAACAGGUUCACGAAAUGGCAAUCGUGUCAGCUAUCCAAGAAGCUCAAAAGGAUAACGUGAGAAGCUUUAAUGAUUACAUGAUGAAGGUUUUGGAGGUUAGUGUUUCCAAUAUCUUUAUGUUACAUUUGACUUGGAGAAGUAUUCAUGGGGUUAAGUGCUUCAGGAAGAUCCUAACCCUUAUCUCUUUGGUUGCUUUCCGAAUUUCAACAUUACCAAAGACUAAUAUGAUUGAUGCAGGCAAUAUGGGCAGCCGUCCUGGUCAGAUAGUAUCCAUGGCCUCCAGUCCUCAGGUUUCAGCAAGUCCCAGGAUGGAGCUUAUACCUUUAGCUAACAAGCCUAUCCAUGAAAAAAAAGCAUCAGUUUAUGCUGAAGUUGUCAAAAAUCUGAAUAAUUCAAGGGAGCAAGGCUUACCAUUUAAACCUGCCACAGCUUUCAAAGGUGCUUAUGAGAGUUUGGGGCUUGAAGCAUCUCAUGGAAAGUCAGUUAACAUGCAGAAGAUAUGGCAUCUUAUACAGACAAUGAUGGGUGAAGAUUCGAAUAUCCAGCAAAGUGUCUCCAGAAAGAUGUCUCUAGUAAUUGGUGCAAGGCGCCAUCUGGAACGGGGGCAUGAGAAAUAUAUGAUGGAUACCAUUCAAAGUCAUCCUACACAAGCUGCACUAGGAGGAUCUGUUGGCAAUCUGCAUAGAGUCCGUGCCUUUCUUCGGAUUCGCUUACGAGAUUAUGGGGUUCUAGAUUUUGAUGCAGGUGAUGCUCGUAGGCAGCCUCCGGUUGAUACUACUUGGCAGCAGAUAUAUUUCUGCUUGAGAAGUGGAUAUUAUGAUGAAGCAAGAAAUGUCGCCUUCUCUUCUCGUGCCUCAAGCCAGUUUGCUCCUCUGGUGCUGUUUGUCUACCGCAUAAUAAAAUUGGGAAGAUUUUUUACUGAUUUUAAAUCAAGGCAACAGUUUUUGCUUGAAGCUGCUCGCCAGUGUCAGGAAGCUGGGCUAUAUGACAAAUCAAUAGAAAUUCAGAAGAGAGUUGGAGCAUUUUCAGCGGCAUUGGAUACCAUCAAUAAGUGUCUCUCUGAAGCAAUUUGUGCCCUGUCACGUGGAAGAUUGGAUGGUGAAAGUCGGACUGCUGGUCUCAUUCAUUCUGGGAAUGAGAUUCUAGAAACAUUCAAAUAUUAUCCUGAAAUCAGUUCCCAAGAAAGAGAGCAUGUUCUGGAGCAACAGACUGUAUUGAGACAGCUGGAGGCUAUCCUAUCUGUCCACAGGCUAGCAAAACAAGGCAAACAUCUAGAUGUUCUAAGGGAGGUAGCUAGACUCCCAUUCCUUCCUUUAGAUCCAAGAGCAUCGGAUGUCACAGUUAAUAUGUUCCAGAGUUUAUCUCCUCAUGUCCAAGCUUGUGUGCCAGACCUCCUAAAGGUUGCUCUAACAUGUUUAGAUAAUGUGACAGAUACUGAUGGAUCACUUCGUGCCAUGCGAGCAAAGAUUGCCGGGUUUCUAGCAUAUAAUACGAAUCAGAAUUGGCCUCGUGAUCUUUACGAAAAGGUUGCUCGAAGCUUGUGAUGGACGGUGUUAGGUUGAGGUUAUCAUAUAUAUGCUAGUGACGUUCUGUACAAGAAAAUGAAAAAGCAGGAAAUUCCAAUUUCACCAUGUCUGUCACCAUUUUGUUCUUACAUGACCUAACUCUGGCUUUCCAAGCCUUGUUGUAGCGCAUGUCUGUAUGCUGCACAUUUUUACUAUGAGCAUGCGUUCAACUGUUGUGUAUCUUUGAUUUUUGUAUGCGGAUAAGACGGAACAGGAAGUAGAGAGUUAAAAAAAGGGAUGGUUUGUCACAUUGUUGGAUUAAGCACUUGCUAACCUAAGGAGAUAAAAGGGUUGUCGUUUCUUCA